GUAGUUAUUUAAACCACGUGAUCAAAACAACAAUGGCGUAAAAUUUGACAGAGAUAAAUCAGGAAGUGAAAAUGCUUGAGUGUAGUUCAUUUUAAAAACAGUGGAAUUUAUGUAGAAUCGUGCCGAUGAGUUCUUGGACCCCAGCCUCGGACAAGUUUGGAGUUGCGGUGGGCAACUAUGCAGGAGACCAGUCCAAAUCUUUGGCUAUUCAGGUGGGCGACACCGUACAUAUUCUGGAGAAGUAUGGAUCCGGACCCACAGCAUGGUAUCGAGGUACAACCAUGAAGAACAAAGAAAAAGUGGGUAUAUUUCCAGCAUCAAUAAUACACAUCAAGAAAUGUACAGUGGAAAACAAUGGGUUGUACGAAACAGUGAAGCCUGUAGAAGAUCACAUGGCAAGGGAAGUGUCAUACGUAUUGUGGGAGUGGAGUCACAUGUGGAAACAGCUAGCUACGGGUGAGAAAAGUGUUCUACUGGCGAAGGUGAGACAGAACGUUGAAGAACUGAUCAACUUACGGAGCCAGCUCAUGAAUGAUACCCUGUCUUCCACAGACGCUCGAGAUAUACGUAGAGAUAUAGUCAGCAUAAUUGACUGGGGAAAUGCUAAAUUGGGUAUCGAUCUGGUUCCACGCAUUGAUGGUGAACAAGUGGAUGUUGACUGCUGCAGCGUGUGUAACCUGUACAGAAUUCAUAUGAACAGUGCCGAGAUAGCCCAGGAUGACAAGCCGAAACGGCAGGCCACCAAGCGGCAGAAGUCCUCCAAAGGGGAAGUAAUAGCGGAAUUGGGGAUAAUCACCCAUCACCUGCUGAUCUCUUUCAACAACUUUGGUUGUAAUGUGGGCGAUCCCUCGGAGACCAUGCUAUCCCUGUAUCAGGUCAAGGACGGGCAUCUGUCCUGCAUCACGGAGCAGUUCAUGGUAUGUUACACCAAGGAAGGAGGUCCGGAAGACCAGUCCAAGCUGGGCGAUUACUAUGGCCUCUUUACAGAUCUGACGAGUGAUGAGCUAGAGAAGGAGCUGUACCUGGUGGCGCAGAUCUACCGCAAAGGCAGCAUGAAGCCUGAGAACCAGAAGAAGAACAAUAGAGCCACGUUCAAGAGGCCCUGGGGGGUUGGAGUGGUGAACUUUACAGUAGCUAAGAUGUCAUCUGCAGUCAAAAUGUGGAAUUUUACUAUAAAAAUCCAAAACGUUACGGACAAAACAGAACCACAUUUUGCUGGUCUCCAUGAAGAACACAUUAACAGACUUAAGCAGGAGAACAAGGACAAAAGUCUGGAAUCACUUCCGGCGCAGCAAAUCGGAAAACUUGGUCUAGUGUUGACUGUGUCUGUCCAAGUAUUCCAUGGUGAUCUAACGACAGUGAAAAAAGAGAAUCCAGUCAUGUUUUCAAAAGGAGUGGCACUGAUACAAAAGAUUGGCUUUGCAGAUAUCAUUUCACCAGUGACUUUUGCAAGCCCAGGACACAUAGGAGAAAUACGCAACGACUUCUAUGUUACCUUAAAAAAAGCGGCCCUUGAGCGAGGGAACAAGACCUCCGGCAAAAAUGUAGAGGUCAAGGUCACAGUGUACAACGAAUCAGGUCAGGAGGUCAAGGGUUGCAUUGUGUAUGGCUGUGGGGAGAAAGCCCUGAAUAGCUACCAGUCGUCUGUGUAUUACCAUAGCAACCAUGCUGAGUGGGAUGAAACCAUAAGAUUGUCAGUUCCCAUAGAUACGUUCCCAGGCUGCCAUGUUUGCUUUGAGCUCUUCCACUGUUCAGUUUCUCAAAAGAAGGAUUCAGGUCGAAAGAUGUUUGGCUUUGCGUUCUUUCGCGUCACAAACAAGUCUAACAUCGUUAUACGGGACGGGUUGCAUGAACUGUGUGUCUACAAGGUCUCAGACAACCAUCAUCCCAAGCAGUUUUUCCGUCUGCCGUUCCUCCUGGAUGAUUUCAACGAUCCCCAGCAGAUCAACAACAUUCCAAAACACAUGUUCUCCAAGGCCAACGAACGGGAAUCCCUCACCAUAGCUACGCUUUUGUGUUCUGGAAAAUUCACACAGAAUGGUGAUUUGCCAUGCAUUCUUAACUGGCGAGGGGAGGAGUUCAAGGGUAAACUGGACCAGAGUCUGGAUACCCUGUGCAAGAUGAAGGAGGAUGAGAUUGUCAAGUUCCUUCAUGACAUUCUCAACUCCCUGUUUGACAUGAUGACAGAUAGGGUUGCCAUAGAAACGUGUGCUCCAAAAAUAUUCAAAACCCUGGUGCACAUUUUCACUCUGAUUCACCAUGUGCGGUAUGAAAUGUUCAAGCCAGUGUUGGAGUCCUACAUCACAGACACAUUCUCCGCCACUCUGGUGCAUAAACCCCUUUGCUCGUGUUUCCAGCGAAUGGUGGACGAUGCCUAUGUUCAUCAUGAGAAACAGAAUCUUCAACUUAUACAGAGCUUUCAGGUGAUAGAUUUCAUCUUUCGGUUCAUAGUGCAAUCAAGGCUUCUGCAACAAAAAGACCUGUUUAAUCAGAGGGCAAGCGAUGCCCAAGAAUUCCAGGACAACUUGCAGGGUUUGUUCCGAUCCAUCGGUACCAUGCUGUCAUCCACUGAUAGGAAGUUACAGUCCAAUCAGUCCUGUAUCCUGACCUACCUGCAUGCCGUGUACACUCCCUUGUUGGAGGUGCUCAAGGAAAGGGAGGUAAGCCAGCUGGUAAAUGAGGCUCUCCAGAGGAUGCCCCCAGUUACCUCCCUUCCUGAUGACAUCACCAAGGUGAAACUCGAGUUGCUAAGGAGGACUGUCAGUACAAGGCUCUUCAAAUGUGAUGUAUCACGUCACGUUCUGCUGGACUUGUGUAUGAAGGAGGUGAAGAGCUGCCUGGAGCAGAAACACCAGACCAAGCUGGCCAUAGAGCUGUACAUGGACAUCAUGGAUCAGAUAUUUCAGCUCCAAAAGACUUCAGAAACACACCGUCUAAUUGACUUUGGGACGGACAGUGUACGCGAGAACAUCAAGAACAUCAUGGAGACGCUGUUCGAUGCCACCCUGGAGCAGAUUAUUGAGCUCAGCACUAACCCUGCCUCUGUGCCGAGGCGAAAGGUUUUGCCGAGAGUGAAGAUAAGAAAAAGCCACACACAUAGUGCAUAUACCAUGAAGCACGAGACAAAGUUUAGUCGAUUGAAGUUACCACGGGCGUCAGAGGAUGUUGCCUUUCCCAAUAGUCGAUUGAAGUUACCACGGGCAUCAGAGGAUGUUGUAUUUUCCAAGGCAUUUAAGACUUUCCUUGAGACCGAACCCGGGGACAACGGGUCAGAAUCAGGUUGUGAAGAGACAGUAUCCACCCGCCAUCUUGAAUCCCAGCAUUGUGGCCUCAUAGCGUGUCUACUAGAGAACCUACGUCUGAUGGAGGAUGAGCACUUCUCGGCGUUGAUGUUUGUGAAUCACCGCGGCCCGAAACUUCACGGCUUCCUCAUGAAGGUGCUUUUGGUGUUCAAGGUGCUGGUUGACCCACAUAUCUUCCCCCAGGACUGGUCCACCAUGAGGAUGGUCUCUAAUCACAUCAUGUUCUUGUCGAUGGAGCACUUUGCAGACGCCAUACAGAAACACUUCAUGAAGGACUUUUCUGUGGAGAUCUGGAACAUGUAUUUCAACCUGGUUGUUGCCUUCAUCACCCAGCCUAGCCUGCAGCUGGACCGGUACUCAGAGGUGAAAGCAGAGAAAUUCAGAAACAGAUACCAGGACAUGCGUGUUCUGAUGGGGGUGCAGGUUGAGACGCUGUGGCAGUCGCUGGGAGUCCUGCGUCGCAACUUCAUGCCUGCCUUGAUGGGCCCGUUCCUACAACUGACCCUGGUCCCCGCCGUGGAGGUGCGCAAGGCCACCCUGCCCAUUAUUUUUGACAUGAUGGCGUGCGAGCAGAAGGUCCAUGGACACUUCAAUAUAGUUGCGAGUUCCCUGAUAGAGAGGCUUGACUUCCUGUUGACCCAGGAGCACAUGGGUGAUGAUCAGUACAUGGAGCUGUUCCACAAAAUGCUGAUGGAGCGUGUGAGGUCAGAGCCAGACCUCAAGGAGACCGGGGAGCACUUUGUCACGUCCGUCACCCACCUACUGGAGAAACUCCUCGACUACAGACAAGUUGUUGAUGGUGAUGAGAACAAAGACAAGCGGAUGCAUUGCACUUUCAAUAUACUGAAUUUCUACAAAGAUGAGUUGAAUCGAGAAGAGAUGUACAUCCGCUAUGUGAACAAACUGCACGAGCUACACAUGGUUGCCAAUAACUACGCAGAGGCUGGUCUCACGCUGCAGCUGUACGCCAAGUCCCUGGGCUGGAGUGACAAGCUCCUGCCGGCAGGCCUCUCAUACACGGAGCAAAAGGAACGCGACAGGAAGGAGAUGCUGUACCGCCAGAUUAUCAACUCCUUCGACAAGGGCAAGGUGUGGGAGUAUGCGUUGCCCCUGUGUAAGGACCUAGCAGAAUAUUAUGAGCAGAACUUUGAGUACAAGAAACUGGGAGAUCUACUUAAACAGAAGGCCUCGUUCUAUAUGAAGAUCAUGGAGGCUGUUCCCGGAGAGAACCCAGACAAUCCGGAAGACUUCUACCCGCGCCAGGAGCCGGCCUACUACAGGGUCACCUACUAUGGGAAGAGCUUCCCUUUAUUUGUGAGAAACAAGCAGUUCAUCUACCGCGGAGACGAGUGCCUCAAGCUGGCGACAAUCAUCAACCACCUUUCUGCAGAGUUUCCGCUGGCUCAGAUCAUCCGCAACAACAACCCUGAGAACGAGGCUCUCAAGGAUGGGGAUCAACAGUUCAUACAGAUCUGUUCUGUGAAGCCAAUCCCGCAGGACCGGCCAGAGUUCUAUGGGAAGGAUAUACCUCUGGAGAUCCGCAACUUCUAUAUGUGCAAUGAGGUUGACACAUUCCAGUUUGACCGACCAUACCAUCAAGGGGUCAAGGACCCUGACAACGAAAUCAAGACACUCUGCAUUGAGCGUAUGAAGAUGAAGACUGCAUACAAAUUCCCGGGUAUACUGCGCUGGUUUGAGGUCGUUGACAUGGAGGUGGAGAUGCUAUCGCCGAUACGGGUUGCGUUAGAACAACUGAAACAGCGCAAUGGGGAACUGCAGGUUCUCAUUGACAGGUGCCUUGCCAAUCCCAAGCUGUACUUCACGCAGUUGGAGAUGCGACUGAACGGAACGAUCCAGGCUGUAGUACAGGGAGGGGUCUCCAAGUUCCACGAGGCUUUCUUGAACGCCGAGUUCGAAUCUCAACACCCUGAGGACGCCAUUUACAUAACGCAGUUGAAGGAACUCCUCACAGAGCAGAUCUCUGUCCUUGGAAGGGGUAUGCAAAUGCACAAGAAGUUUGUACCGCCCGAUCUUAUGCCUCUACAUCAGAAUCUGGAGCAGGCAUUCAAGAAGAUGAGGUCCCAAUUGCAAGAUCUCGGAGAGUUGCAUCUGUCCCAGGUGAGUCUGUGCAGCCAGGUGUCCCAGACGAGUCUGACCAGCCAGGUGUCAGAUAGUGGACUCGGCCAAUUUAGCUCUAGUGGCAGUUUCUCAGCAGUGUCGUUUGAAGUUGAGCACAAAGUGGACAUCCCACCGCAGGAUGUCCUGUUUAACUUUGCCCCAACAGACCGGACCAGGUGGAGUUAUGUCCCUUUCCCGGAGGAAGGGAACUGGCCCGGACCCCCUCCGGUCCCCAGCAGGCCCUCCUCCCUGCAACUCCAUGGAAAUGCUAGUCAGCCAGGAAAUGAAACGAUGUCCUUAUUAAAAGCAAAGAGGUUCGUAUCCACCGGCAAUCUGCCGCAUCGAUCUACCUUGGUCCAGCAUCAUUCAGACAGAAAACCUAAUGUACCCAGUAUACCACCCAAACGCAGACCUUCAGAGAGACCUAUAUAUCCAUCAGUUGAAGACCGUCACAUGCGUCAUCGUAGGAAGGAAACGCCUGUUAUCAAUAUUACUCCAACAAUACCAUCAACACCAAAUGCCAGUCUAUUAACACCAACAUUAAAUACAUCUCAAACAGCUCCUGUGCUGGAUUCAUCGCCAAACGCAGAAACCCCCGACUUACCCCCAAGGAAACCAAGGCUUUCUCAUGACACCAAGGAGUUUUCCACACACCUGAAUGGUGACACUGGUUCCCGACCUGUGCCCCCCCUGCCCCCUCGACAACACCACCUGUCAGAGAGUAGCGUAAACCCCUUGCGGCAGACAUCACCUGUUGCCACCACAGCCGUGCGGCAGGUGUCACCGGUUUCCUCACCAGCACCUCCCCCCACCCACCAACGACAUUCUCACUUGUCAGAGGGUGGCGCCCCUUUGCGGCAGACGUCACCCGUUACCUCCACUCCACCGCCUCUCCCCACCCACCUACGCCCGACAGUACAGAUGAGGAGCAACGUUGCCAAUGGGAAUCUUGACUCCAAAGAAAUGAGUGACACCUCCUCCUCUACGAGCGAUGGUCAAACGAGACCCGCCAACCCACCUCCUGUUCCAAGACGCUCCACAGGCAUUCCCAGCAUUCCCUCGAGUCCUAAACCAAAGGCACAGCCAUUCUCCUAUAAUUCCGGCAGCGAUGUCACAAAGCUUUGACUGUUCAAUUAUUUUGUUGCUAGAUAGUUAGAUAGUCAUGUAGGAGAGCUCCAUGGACAUUUUAAUGUUUUUGUUCAUAUUCAGUCUUCCAAAUAUGAAAACAGUUCAGAUAAUUUUUACAAGUGUGAAAUAUCUUCAGAUAAAGCAAGGCUUUAACUGUUCAAUUGUUGUAAUGCUAGAUAAUUAUUCUUUUAUGUUCAUGUAGGAGACUUUCAUGUUCAUUUUAAUCUGUUUGUGUUCAUAUUCAGUCAUCCAAAUAUGUAAACAGUUCAGAUAAUUGUUUUAAGUGUGAAAUACAUGUAUGUUCAAAUAAAGCAAGUCACAAAGUGACAUUUAUGUCUUACAUGAUGGUAUUUGAAUAUUUAUCUUAACAUUACAUGGGCAAGGACUCUGUGAUAAUAUUGACCUUUCUUCCCAUUUUUUAUGUCCCCCACUACAGUAGUGGGGGACAUAUUGUUUUUGCCCUGUCUGUUGGUUGGUUGGUCUGUCUGUCUGUCUGUCUGUUUGCGCCAACUUGAACAUUUUGCAAUAACUUUUGCUAUAUUGAAGAUAGCAACUUCAUAUUAGGCAUGCAUGUGUAUCUCAUGAAGCUGCACAUUUUGAGUGGUGAAAGGUCAAGGUCAUCCUUCAAGGUCAGAGGUCAAAUAUAGGUGGCCAAAAUCGCUCAUUUUAUGAAUACUUUUGCAAUAUUGAAGAUAGCAACUUGAUAUUUGGCAUGUACGUGUAUCUCAUGGAGCUGCACAUUUUGAGUGGUGAAAGGUCAAGGUCAUCCUUCAAGGUCAGAGGUCAAAUAUAUGUGGCCCAAAUCGCUUAUUUUAUGAUUACUUUUGCAAUAUUGAAGAUAGCAACUUGAUAUUUGGCAUGCAUGUGUAUCUCAUGGAGCUGCACAUUUUGAGUGGUGAAAGGUCAAGGUCAUCCUUCAAGGUCAGAGGUCAACUAAACAAGGUCAUCCUACAAGGUUAAACAUCAUAUAGGUGGACAUUGUGUUUUUUAAUAAAUACUAUGAAAAAACAACUAUGUAUAUAUAUAUAUUAUUUUUUAGCAUUGAGUUUUGCAUUGUAAUUGCAUAUUGUUUAGAAUAUAGUUAUAUGGGAUUUAAAAAUGUCAAACUUAAUACUUGAAUAAGAGUGAAAUAAACAUUAUAACUGCUGAUCAAUUCAAAUAAUGAAGAACCAUAUGACCCUUGUCAUGCGAAAAAAGGGUCUAAAGCCCUAUAAGGCCAAUAUUUUGAUAUACCUGGCCAGUGGGAACAUUUAUGCAAGCUGAUCAGGACUUGCACUUUCCACUUUAAAGUCAUGCAAGGUUUCGUGGCCUCAUUAGCCAAAAUGGGAGCUCUUGACAUGUCAACACCAUAGCUCAGACGGGUCUGGCCUUGUAUUGCGUACGACCCAUUUUAACAUGAUGCGUCUCAAAUCACCGUAAUCUUGCCCGUAUAAACUUGCACAAGUUUUGCAUUCAUUAAAAAUCUUCCUGACAAUGUCCUGCACCUUGCAAGUUUGCAAGUAUUGUUUUGAUUACGUUUGUGAUUGUGACAGAAAUAAAUUGUUUUAUGUUGUUGUUAUCACAUUUUGAACAAACCUAUUUAUGCAAGCUUGAAUUGCAGUUAUUAUUUUAAAUAUUCACAAUCUGGGACAUGUAUAUAUGUAUGAGAAAGUUAUAAUCAAUAUAUUUUUGUACAUAAAAAAGGCAAAUAUCCAUAUAUGUAAAUACUCUUGUGUAUAAAAAAUUCAAUAAAUCUUUUUGAAUUAACCCCAUUGACCUAUUUGAACACUGUUUCAAGAUUGAGUUCUACAGCUUGGGUUUCUUGCUUAAAAUGAACCCUUUCCCACUCAGAGGCAAAGUGGACAUGGCAAUGUGCAAACAGCAUAAAACCAGAACAGCCUGUGAGUAACUCACAGUCUGUUCAUGUUUUAUACUGUUAGCUGCUCAUCAGUACCUAAGGGUUGGAGAUGAAGCCUUAAAACUUGAUUCUUGUAAGGAAGGUCUUCAAUUAAAUAUAACUUUCUAAGGGACUACAAAUGCGUCAAAAUAUGUAAGUAAGUGGUAAAGGGUUAAGUUAAUUAGACUUACCUUUAAAAAUGAAUUAUAUACUGACCACAAUGAGAGUAUGUCUCCAAGUAUACAGCAUGUACGUUAUUUGUUAUUUAAGUGGUAAAGGGUUAAGACAUUGCAUUUUGUAUUAUAUUAACAUGAUUUUGACCUUCUUUACUUUUAUGCUUAAUGAGCAAUGAAGCAUAAACUGUGUUUAUAUAAAAUACAUUAAUUGUGAAUAAUAUUACUUAAUAAUUGUUGUCUCAAACAUGUAACAGUUAGUGUAUUUGUAACACACUUAUUUUUUGCACUAGUGAUUCACAAAAUAUUGCACAUAGAACAAAAAAAGUGAACAAUUUGUACCCAUGGCAGCAAAGACACAAACAUGUAUCUACAUUUAAAAAUCGUAUGUUCAUAAGUAGUCACUCACUUGACUCUAAAUACUAUUAUCAUACAGCCCCUUUCACAGGUUAUCACAUUUUGUUAUUACUUGCGUGUACAUCUUGUGACACAAGAAAAUAUAACUAUGCAUCCCCAUUGCUUGUUCAAUUUUUGUUUGCUUGUUAGUCCUUAUAUCCCUUUAUAAAACAUGGUCAUGUAUAGGUAUUUGGAUUAUUAUAUACCAUAUUCAUAAAACAUAAUAAUCUUAAAGUAUAAAGGACACCACUACGCAUUAAAAAGACUAACCAGAGGCAUUAAAAUUAACCCUUUCCCACUCAAAAGCAAAGUAAAAAUGGCUAUGGGCAAACAGCAUAAAACCAGAAAAGCCUGCGAGUAACUCACAGUCUGUUCAGGUUUUAUGCUGUUUGCUGCUCAUCAGUACCUAAGGUUUGGAGAUGAAGCCUUAAAAACUUGAAUCUAGUAAGAAAGGUCUGCAAUUUAAUAUAACUUUCUUAGGGACUAAAAUGCAUGAAUGCGUAUCAAAGUGGUAAAGGGUAAACACAGCAAUCUGUUUUCUGUGUCAUUUUUGUUACUAAUUUUCACGAGAGGCUUGUUAUUGUAUAUGCUGUUUAUUUUGAUUUCUUGUUGUAUUGACAUGGUAACUUUGGUAAUAAACCUUAAGAUGUU